GCAAGCGGGUUGAGAGCGUCCCCGCGUGCACGGCGCCAUGUCUGUUGGUCCCACCUCGUAGCUGCCUCUCCUUAUUGUUGCGGAAUAUUGCUGUUCCUACCGCUUUGUAGGCGUGAAAUAUUGUGUGAGAGCGUUUCGUAGGACACCGCCGCCAUGGGGGAAGACAGAGAUAAGGAGAAGAACGACAAAGAUAGAGAAGAGAAGAAGGAAAAGGAUCGUGAUAAGGACCGAGACAAAGAUAAGGACCGUGACAAAGACAAAGACAGAGAUAGGAAGAAGCGUAGCCGCUCUAGGUCACGAGAGCGGCGGAAGCACAAAACAAGGUCAAGGUCAAGAGGACGCUCUAGGUCCCGCUCGAGAUCCAGGGAGAGGAGGAAGUCUCGCCGCAAGAAGCCUUCUCUGUACUGGGACAAACCACCUCCAGGUUUUGAGCAUAUAACACCUAUUCAGUAUAAGGCAAUGCAAGCUGCUGGACAGAUCCCCUCCAACGUGACUGUGCCGUUGAUAGCUCCUGCAAAUGCUACACAGGUCCUGUCAUCAUCAUCAUCAUCAUCAGUUGUUCCUUCCAUGCCUGAAAUAGCCAAUAUGCCUCAGCCUGUACCUGUUGUUGGUUCCACCAUAACUAGACAAGCCCGCCGUCUAUAUGUGGGUAAUAUUCCAUUUGGGGUGACAGAAGAAGAGAUGAUGGAAUUCUUCAACCAGCAGAUGCACUUAGCAGGUCUUGCACAAGCAGCGGGUAAUCCUGUACUUGCUUGCCAGGUGAAUUUGGACAAAAAUUUUGCAUUUUUGGAGUUCAGGUCAAUUGAUGAAACAACACAAGCAAUUGCAUUUGAUGGCAUAAACUUCAAAGGACAAAGUUUGAAGAUCAGACGUCCCCAUGAUUACCAGCCAAUGCCGGGAAUGUCUGAACACCCCACACUCACAGCUAUGCCAGUUAUUGCUGGUGUAGUGUCGACGGUGGUUCCUGAUUCCCCCCAUAAAAUCUUUAUCGGUGGUCUACCAAACUAUCUCAAUGAAGAUCAGGACAGAGAGUAUGGUCAUUCCUUAGGGGCAGGUAAGGGAGGUGACUCAUCCCUCUCUCUCAAUCCCGGCAAGAGAGCAUUACAAAACGUCAAGGAGUUGCUCAUGUCCUUUGGUCAACUUCGAGCCUUUAACUUGGUGAAAGACUCAGCCACUGGACUUUCCAAAGGAUAUGCGUUUUGCGAGUACGUUGACGUCAGUCUUACUGAUCAGGCCAUACAUGGUUUGAAUGGCAUGCAACUGGGAGACAAAAAAUUAGUAGUACAGCGGGCCAGUGUUGGAGCAAAGAAUGCUAAUGCCAUGGCUCAGGCUCCCGUACAGAUUCAGGUUCCUGGAUUGCAGCUACAGAGUGGCACUGGGCCUGCUACUGAAGUUUUAUGCCUUAUGAACAUGGUAAUGCCAGAUGAGCUGAAGGACGACGAGGAGUAUGAGGAUAUUCAGGAAGACAUUCGUGAAGAGUGCAGUAGGUAUGGCAUUGUGCGAUCAGUUGAAAUUCCUCGCCCAGUUGAAGGAGUGGAGGUUCCUGGAGUAGGGAAGGUUUUUGUUGAGUUCAAUUCUGUACUGGAUUGCCAGAAAGCUCAGCAAAACCUUACUGGACGUAAAUUUGCCAACAGGGUUGUUGUUACAUCCUAUUUUGAUCCAGACCGAUACCAUCGACGUGACUUUUAAAUGACGGGGACAGUAGGUGUUUCCUUCUGCUGCAGCAAUUAGAAAAAGAAUAAAAGAUAAAAUCAUAAGUGGCAUUUGGUGUAUAUCUACAUUUGUUCUUGUAGUUUAUCACUUUGGAUGAUUAGUUAGCUUGCAUUAUUUUGCCCAUCAGUAAUUUCUUUUCAGAUAUGCAGUAACAUAUGAUAAUUUGCUGGACAUACAAGUUUGCCUAGAUUGUAUUAGUAUAAAGUAAGUGAUGUUUGACCUAAUAGCUUAAGCAUAUUUUAUAUAAUUGGGGAACUUACAGUUGUAAAACACCUUUUGGGAAAUCAGACAAGAUUGAUGUUUGUUCACUUGCUCAGUGUAUGUACUUCCAUGCCAUGUAGCAACUCAUUAAUUGCAUCCUAUUCUACAUUUUAGUAUAAAUAUAUCUUUAUCA